GAGCCGCGAUGGAGGGAGGCGAGGCGGAGAGCCUGCUGGGGGAGCGCAGCCCGGGGCAUCUGGCUGGGUUCAAGACGUACCGGCGGCGGUGGGUCCUGCUGUCCGCCGUGUGCCUGCUCAACUGCUCCAACGCCAUGCUGUGGCUGACGUUUGCUCCUGUGGCUGAUAAGACAGCUGCCUACUUCCACAUUUCCCUGGAGAUGGUCAACUGGCUCUCCAUUGUGUACCUCCUCAUCUCCAUCCCGUUUGGUCUGGUGGCAACGUGGGUUCUCGACAGCGUGGGGCUCCGGUGUGCUGUGAUCCUGAGUGCGUGGCUGAACAUGAUGGGUAGCAUCACCCGGACGUUCAGCGUUCUGAAGUUCCUGAGCUUGGGUUCCCAGAGUUACUGGUACCUGUUUAUUGGGCAAUGCCUCUGUGCACUGGCGCAGCCUCUUAUCAUCUUUUCACCGACAAAGCUGGCAGCACUAUGGUUCCCAGACCACCAGAGAGCCACAGCAAAUAUGAUUGCAUCAAUGUCCAAUCCCUUGGGCAUUCUUAUAGCAAACCUGUUGUCCCCUGCACUAGUUCCUGAAGGAAAGCACAUUCCAUUGAUGCUGGGUGUGUACGCUGUCCCAGCAGUAACAGCCUGUGCUCUAGCAACGCUGGGGAUUCAUGAGAAGGUUCCUCCAACGCCUCCUUCAGCCAGUGCCACUACCUCCAACUCGCAGCCGUUCUUCACCGGGCUCAAAAUGCUCCUGAGAAACAAGCCAUACAUCAUCCUGGCAGUGUGCUUCGGAGGAGGAAUUGGGAUGUUCACCUGCUUUUCAGCCCUGCUAGAACAGAUCCUUUGUGAAAAGGGGUAUUCAAAUGAUUUUGCUGGCCUGAAUGGUGCCCUGUUCACAGUGUGUGGUUUGUUGGGUGCUUUCCUACUAGGCAUGUAUGUUGACCGGACAAGGAAGUUCAUCGAGUCCACCAAGAUUUGUUUCUGUCUGAGUGCACUUGCCAGCAUUGUGUUUGCAGUGGCUUCUCGGUUCAGACACCAGGCUGUCAUGUUGGCCAUCACCAGCUCACUCUUCGGGUUCUUCGGUUUUGCCAUCUACCCUAUUGCCAUGGAGCUGGCUGUGGAGUGCUCCUACCCCGUGGGAGAGGGCACAUCUACAGGCCUGAUUUUUGUUGCAAGCCAGGUUGAAGGUGUGAUUUUAAUGAUUCUGCUACAAGCCCUCACUGUCCGUGUUUCUGAGGAUCCAUCCUCCACCUGCGCCCUUGACCAGGAUGGAGCCCUGGACUGGACAACUCCGGUGCUGGUGCUGGCUGGCCUCUGCAGUGCCAUGGCUUGUUUCUACGUCAUCUUCUUCCACACGGACUACAAGCGGCUCCAUGCUGAGACGGUCGGUGAUUUGGUCAAGGCAGAAGAUACAGCAACAGCAGAUGUUCCUGAAUCCUAAGCAGGCCAAAAAGGGGAUGCCAAGGACCAAGGACUCGGACCUCUGGGCGUGGACCAAUGCUCAUCUGGCACACUGGGAUAUUUGGGUCCUGUUGCACAACAAGCAAGACUAGAGCAAAGGGCACCUUUGCUGUGCACCCCUCAGUCUUGCAUUUAUUGGGGAUCUGGGCUGAAAGAAAGGCUGUCCUGACAGAAAGGUCAAAGUGGGACUGGACAACUAUGCAUGUAACUGAAAUUUUUAUCUGACCUGAUUCAAGCUAAAGAAAUGUUGUAGAGGAGGGGAGUGUCAUAUUUCAGCCAUUCUUUUUUUUAUUUUAUUUUCAUGUACUUGGAUCAACGGUGAAGGUUUCAGGGGGAUGGGAGCUGUGCCUACCACAAACACAGUGGAAAACUUCUGUUUAAGGACUGUGGUUCUUGUGCAGCAUAACAACUCUUCUACUUUGAGGUUGGAUCUGAUUGUGUCUCUUAGCUAAAAGACAGUAGGAGGUAGAGCAUCCUUUCGUUUCAGCAGGGAAGUAUGUGAUCUGUAAUACAAAGUCUGUUACAAUGAGCCACUUUUUCUUCUGCUACAGACAGGAGAAGAAAAGCCUUGCCUGCAGUGGUGCCUGUAAAAGAAAAUACCAGCAAGCAGCAGGAUUUAAAUACAGCAGCAUUCCUCAACCAUCUGGUCCCCUGCCAGAUACUGAGACCUUCAGCUUAAGCUUAUUUCACUUGGGCUUCUGUUUCUCCUCCUCUCCUGCAGUUUCAGUGGUUCAAGUUUUCCACAAGAAGGUGAACCUACCUGCUGGUGUAAUAUUAGGGUAGUGUGAUGCUCUCCUAUAAAGGAAAACUGAGAGGGCAGCUCACUGUUUGGGCCAUGACAUAGCAGGAUCUGCUGUGGUGAAAACUGGCAGAAGAACUGGCAAAGGUGACCUCUUAGAGAGUGCAGGGACUUGUCAUAAGUUCCUGCAGGUAUUAGGGGCUCUGAAGGGAAGACAAAGUAAGAAAAAACAUCAACAAACACCUUCCAGUUCUCUGUGCAACUGACAGGUGUUCGCCAGUGUUAUAAGAGGUGGGGAGUGACACAACAGAUCCCAUUUGGAGUUCAGUUACACUAGUGAUUCCAGGGGGUACAACUGGAUUCUUCACUUUACAGUACCUCCACAGCAGUCUGGUGUCCUGUUUUGGUGUUCAGGUCUACGUGUACAACCUUAUAACAUUCAAGUGGUAAAAAAAAAUUAGAUAGUUGGGAUUUCAUAGUGCUUCAUACCGUGCAUAUUGCAAGGGAAUCUCAGUACUUGCUGAUUAAGGGAUCUUGAUGCAAACUGGAUCUGUGACUGGCUUUAUUCAGUCCAGCUAAAGGAUGAUCCCAAUGCCAAAGAUGCACUUUCCCUAAGAAGCACUGUACAAAGGAGAUCUCUCAGUUCCUGAAUUCUCUUCCCUGUUAGAAACUGGAAAGCUCUCCCUUUGUGAAACACCCAUCUGCAAUCUGCAUCCUCUGAGGGAGCCUGCUCGUUCCUACAGCUCCAGCCUUGGUCUCACCAGUAAGCACUGAUGUUUUCCAAAAGGAGAAGGAAGGAAUUCUGAAACCAAAGUGAAACAGAAUUGUUUAAACCCCUGAGACGAAUGAGAUUAACUGUUUUUUGCAAAACUAGCUGCAGUCCUGCUACUAGUCCUGCAACUAACACACCAAACAGAUUAACACCAUAUUUAGCUGCCACUUUGGAGUUCUACUGUACUGGGAAGCAAGAAGCACUUGGUACUUUAUAAUUUUAUAUAUUUACAAAUGUUUAUGUUUUUUAAUAAAGGGUGG